GUUUGAUUGAAUCGUUAUUACAACGAGUCGUCUCAACCAUUCAUAAGUCUCUUAUUUAUGAAUUGCAAACUCUUUAAAAAUAAAAUAAUACAAUUAUUUGUUACUUUAGCCAAAAGAGUGUUCAAAUCAGUUAUUUCUCACUAAAAUUUAAUUAAGUAUUUGAAGCGUUUGUUUCAAAAGCAGUGUUUGUCGCGCGUGUGAGUGAUGUCUAACACCGACACUCACAACAAGGGGUUCAUAGAGAUCGCAGACUUGGUCUCUGCCUUAACAGCCAUCCAAUCGGCGCCUAAUAUGGAUAAGUCUCAGGUGACCCAAAUGAUCCAGGUCCCCACCAGCGAACAUGUCGCUCAAAUUGUCGGCAAAUGCGGCUCAAAGAUAAAAUACUUGAGGAAUGAGACGAAUACCUGCAUAAAGACUCCGUACAGAGGAGACGAUCCGGUGUUUGUGGUGACGGGUCAGCCCGAAAACGUUCAGAUGGCUGUCUAUGCCAUUGAGAAGGCAUCGCAACACUUCACUCAACUGAUGGAGAGUCGAUCCAACACUUGUGCGGUCGGAGAGGUGACCAUUUUGGUGGAAGUGCCCCAACAGUAUGUGGGGGUUGUCGUCGGCCGCAAUGGAUCAGUCAUUAUGCGCAUCAAAGAGCAGACCAACACUCGCAUCAAUACACCCAAAGGCGACGCCGCGGCCGCCGCUUUUGAAGUCACCGGCGCUCGAGUGAAUGUGUUGGCGGCAAAGGAGGCCAUUCACGAUAAGGUGUUUCAGGCCUAUCAGUUGAGAAACUCGACUAAAUUUGACCCAAACCUCAACCAAAGUAAAUUCAUGAGCACAAUGUUUCAAAUCCAAUCGCCGUCCACUCCUUCAUUGCCGUCUCUCCCAUCGCUUCCAUCACUUCCAUCGCCGACUCAAUCGUAUGACUCAAUGAUGAGUCCAUUUAAGAAAUUUAUGUCUCCGAUAUCACCGCUACCGAUGACUUCAAUGACUACAGCCCUAUACGACCCGUUCUUCCAUUACAUAAGAGCUGAUAAGAGUCAGACUUUUUGUUAAUUAACACUCAAAUGCCAAAUAUUUUAUCAUUUAUUUCAUUUAAAUCUUAAUUAUUAAUUAUUACAAUUACGACAA